AUGGUUGGCAGCCAGGUGGUGGUGCAGGCGGGAAAGGACAAGGAGGCCAACGCCAGCCACCACCUCACCAAGCUCAGCAAGGACGACCCGCUCAGGCAGCACUACGAGGCCCUCUGGCCAGAGCUCGCCGCAGCCAAACCACCAGCAGACCAACCAGUCGUUGGAUUCAAGGCAGUGGAGGCAGCUGCUCGACGCUUGGACAAACUCCAGAAGAAAGUACGAUCGGCAGGGGAGCAAGUUGAGAGUGCCCAGCAGUACUUGGCUGAGAGUGAACGCAAGCUUCGUGAAGCCAUGGAAGCCUCCAUUGCAGCCGAAGAUGAGUUCGACAAGCUCAAGGCCACAGUCGGCAAGCAAGAGGCACCAGCUGAACCUGCAGCCGAGAAGCCAACUCUGGCAGCCCUCCUGGAGCAGUUCGAGCAUGAGCCUGACGACUUCCACAAGUGGUCCGAGCCCGACAAGGAGGUCUGGCGAGCAGCAAAGGCCAAGGGCGAGCGCAUGGCCCAGACGGUCAAGGAGCACGAGGAGGAGACGGCGAAGCACCUGCGACUACUGGAGGAAGAGACGGCCAGGCACCAGGAGCAGCUGCGCCAGCUCGAGCAGGUGCCACCACAUGCACUGAGGCAGCAGGGACAGCCGCCGCGGCUGCGCCCACCGGCGCCGCAGCAGCUGCCCAACCAGAAGCAGGCGCAGCAGAACAUGACAAAGCAGAAGAACGCCGAGCCAGAGUGGAGGCCCACAUCCAGGAGGCGCGAGAGAAGGUCUCGCAGGCUAGGCGCGCCGAGACAGUCGUCGACGCAGAAGGGCAAGGUGACCACUCAGCAGGGUAGCCGCCCCAAGGCGAGCGCGAAGAAGGCUCGCCGCCCGUGCCACAUCGACUUCUUCAACGUCACGACCUGGGGCCCCCAGGCACAGGGCUACCUCAUGGAGAUCAACAAUACCAAGGACAGGGACAUCAUUGGCAUCGCGGAGCACCACCUCCGCCAGCCUGCGCAGAUAAGCAAGGCAAGAGCGGCGCUCAGGAGGAAUGGCAUGCACAGCUACUGGACCAAGGCACGGCCAGGAGAAGGAGAAGGCACUCGAGGAGGCACGUGUGCCAUCGCGCGAGGAUCCUUGGACAUCCAGGACAGGAUCGCGGGUUUCGAUGAGCACUACCUGCACGAGGACGGCAGUGACGUCACGGUGGUGAUCUCCAACCUGCACAAGGUCCGUUUCGCAGUGGCUUUCGUCUACCUCGAGUGCGGGGCGGGCUUUGGAGAGAGGAACGUCGACAUCCUCUGCGACCUGCGGGGGAAGAUGGCCGUCUGGGGAGGGCCCUGGGCAGCGCUUGGGGACUUCAACAUGACGCCGUCGGAGUUCAACGACAGCAUUUGGCCCAGGGUGCUGAAUGCUCAAGUAGCUGCGGCGGAGGAUGGCGCCCCCGCAUGUUUCCCAGCAGUAGGAGAAGCCAGGUGCAUCGACUUCGCGCUGAUCUCGCAGGGCCUGGCGCCGUAUUUCGACCAGCUGGAGCUGCUCAGGACCGUGCCGUGGAAGCCGCACAUCGGCAUCCGCUUGAAGUUGAAGGGGCGGCCUCUCAUGCUCAAGGGCAGGGUACUUCGCAGGCCAGCAGCCAUAAAGCCGCCAGUCACAGUCGAGAGAAUGCCGAAGUCCAGAGCCGCUUGCAGACGAGCGGCGCGCGGAGGCCAGGAGGCCAUGCGCCGACGUCAGCAAGCGUUGGCAGAGGCAGGAUGCGACCUGGACGAGAACGACAUGGAGCCAGUGCCGCAGCUGUACUACGACAAGGAGGUCCAGCACGUCAUCCCUGACGAGCUGUGGCAGGCCACCCCCGAGCGGGUCAGCGCGCGCGCCUGCGACGAGUUGCCCCAGCAUUUGCAGCGCACAGUCGUCGGCAAGAUGAUGGAGCGGGACAUGCUGGACCUGGGGCAACAGUACGACCGCUUCGCAAUCACCCUCGAGCUCAGCCUGUGCGAGGGCAUCGGCAUCCCAGAGGAAGAGCGUGGACGACAUCUCGGGCACAGCAGGCCCCCGAGCUACAAGAGCGUGAGCAUCAAGGGACGCAACACCAUGGACAUCCAAGAUCACGACCCCUUCGAGGAUGAGGAGGACUACUUGGAGUACCGCCAGGAGAUCGCAGACCAGGAGAACAGCGAUGGGUACCACCAGCACAUCGAGGGGCAGCAGGACAGCCUCGACUUCGGCCAGACCGUUCGCCGUCGUGCAGCUGGAUCUGCUUUUCCCCCACCAGCAGGACGCAGCACCAUGGGCGUCCAAGACCACGACCCCUUCGAGGAGGAGGAGGACUGCUUGCAGUACCGCCAGGAGACCGCAGAUCAGGAGGACUGCGACGGGCACCACCAGCUCAUCGAGGGGCAGCAGGACAGCAUCGACUACGGCCAGACCGUUCGCCGUCAUGCGGCAGGAUCUGGUAAAACUGCCCCAGGUGACACGCACUGCUCACCUCCUCAGCCAGCUGGCACUCUGGAGGCAGAGGGCACCGAUCACCUGGGGAGUCAGAACCAAGAGCCGCCAGGCCCAGAGGCAGAGGAGCAACGAGAUAUGGGCCUGCCCCCACCAGACCUCUGGAAUGAUGACCAGCACCAGCGGGAGCGGGAAGACUACGUGGCCAUGAGAGACGACCUGGAGUACUGGGCGGCCAUCUGGAUGGAUAACUUGGUGCAGCUCCCCACGGACAACAGCAACUGGAUGCAGAUCUGCGCGCCGUUCCUGGAGACCAUCUUGGGUGGCGGAGGCAACAAUGGCAUGGUGAGACUGCUCAGGCGUAGGUGCCAGCAGGUCCGCACCCACAGCGGCCACCAGACGCAGCAGCAGAUCAACACAAGACGGCAGCUCGCGCAGCAGCUCAACCAGCCUGACCCAGGCAGGCUGAACGAAGAAGGUGCAGCCAAGGACCAGCAGCAGGCCCUCCUCACAGACCUGCACGCGAUAGCAGAGGGCGCCCUCGUGGACCCAGGGACGAUCAGCAGGGUAGCAGAGGAGGUAAAGAGCAUGGCCAAGCUACUCACAAAGGCGGUGAAGAAGGCGUACAUCUACUGGGUGCACGACGCCACGGCAGGCAGUGCGAAGAUGGCCCACGCCUACACCAAGGCAGCGGAGCGCAGCCACCUGGAGGACAUCCUUGAGCACGAGGGCCAGGUCAUCAACCACCCGCAGCAGCUGGUGGACUUGCGCAAAGAGGCAUGGCAACGCAGGUGGACACGAGAUGCACAGAAGGCCGAGAGGAUCCAAGAGGCGCUGGCCAAGCUGAGGCAGGCUGCCUUGGCCCAAGAGAAUGCCCUCGAGCCCAUCAGCAAGGACAUCAUCGGCUCCAUCAUCCAGCACCUGAAGCGCAAUGCUGGCCAAGGAGCGGACUGGUGGAGGGCUCCAGAGCUCAAGGCCAUGGGCGCCCAGGGGCUGGAAGACUUCGUGCAGUGCCUGACCAGCUGUGAGCAACGGGCAGCGUGGCCGUGGCAAUUCUACUUGGUGCUGGAGCUGCUGCUGGGCAAGAAGCCAGGAAUCGGCGGUGAGCGCCCCAUCGGCCUCAUGCCCAUGCCGCACCGCAUCUGGAGCGCAGCCAGGAGGCCCAUAGUAGCCACCUGGAGCAAGGCAGCGGCGGGCUUCUGGGAUACGGCAGUAGCUGGCUCCUCAGCGCUACGAAUGGCAAUGCACAGACUGAUGAGGGCAGAAGCCGCCACGGAGAUGGGCUUUCAUGCAGCAGGAGUGUUCUACGACGCGGCAAACUUCUACGACAAUAUAGGCCUCGACCAGCUGAUCGAGAAGGCCAGCGCCCUCCAGUACCCGUUGCUGCCGCUGGCAAUGGCCGUGCAGAUGUACCUUGCGCCCAGGGCCAUCAUGGCCCACAGCCUCUUCUCGGACAUUUUCGAGCCUGCCAACAGCAUGGUAGCUGGCUGUGGUCAAGCGGUCGCCCUCGCCAGACCGCUCUUGUAUGGCAUCCUGGAUGCAGCGCACAGGCACCACAUCUUCGUCGUCAUGCAGCAGUACCUGGACGACUUGGCCCUGCAGGUAGAGGGUGCGCGGCGGCAGGUCAUUGACCAGAUCAAGCACGUGGCAGCGCUGGUGCACGAUGGAUUCAAGCAGCUCUCGAUACCCAUCCCCGGCAAGACGGCAGCGGUGGCCCCGGACAAGGACCUCCAGGCAGAAGUCGCCAGCAUCCUGGACAGCCUGGGCACCCCCAACAAGCAACCAGGUGUAGUGCGCGACCUCGGCGUGGACACCAGCCUCGGCAAGCAGCUGCGGCGACCCACCCAUGCCGCGCGCCAGGCCAAGGCCAAGCAGAGGGUGGCCAAGCUCAAGGACCUAGCGAAGACGGACGCCAGAGGCGCGGCAAAGGUCUAUUCAGCAGGUGCCUACUGCCAGCAGGCCUGGGACUUACCAGCGCACGGCAUCACGCCCACGGAGGCGAAGUCGGUCAGGGCUACGGGGGCAGCUCUCCUCACAGGCGGACACAAGGCUGGACGCUGCACGUCCACCAUCCUCCUGAUCCAGAGGGGGAUGCAAGAGGCAGUAACCCGAGCCAUCGGCGACCAGAUCAAGCAGUUCUGGCUCACCAUAGUCGACCACCCGACGGAGCUCAAGAGGUACCAGAGAGGCUGGCUCCUGCUCUACGCCAAGCUGGGCGCCCUGGAACCCAACCGCAGGGCGGCCAACCUCAACCACGAAGGCGACGACACCUGCGCGAGAUGCGGCGAGGCGAUAGAGACAGAGGAACACCGCUACUACGCAUGCCCUGCCAACGCAGAGAUAGGGCACAGCAGUGACACCGACCUGGCGAAGAAGGCGAAGGACGCGCUGGACCAGCGGCAAGACCUGCACUUCUGGCUCCGAGGCAUCCCGCCAGCGGCCUGGGCAGCCAAGGUCGACCCAGGCGAGGACGCGGCGAAGGCGGCGCAGAUCUUCUGCGCCAGCGAAGAGGCUCAGGCGGCAGCCCAGUCAGGGUACAAGGUUCGAGCAGACUAUGUCUUCACGGACGGCUCAGGUGGUGCAGGGGAAACGGCCAAGGACCCCCGCCUCAGACGCUGCGGCUGGGCAGUGGUGGCUUUCAGGUUCGACGAACAAGGACGUCCGCAGGAAGUUGCCGCCUGGUACGGCACGAUCAGGGCACCGCGCACGGUGCCACGGGCAGAGCUCACCGCCAUGAGCAAAGCCAUCGGGUACACCACGGCGGCGACAGCCAGGGGGCUCAACAUAGUCAGCGAUUGCAAGUACGCCCUGGACGCACUCAAGCAGAUCCAGGAUCCUGAGGAUCUGGACGACAGGAGCACGAACUACGACCUCUGGCUCCAGACGAAGCAGCAGCUGCAGCACAGCACGGACACCAUCAUGGGCCACCACAUCCCAAGCCACCUGAUUGAGCACCCAGCCGAGAUGGAGAGGUGGAAUGGUCCCACCUGGUGGGUCAUAGGAAACGAGAUGGCAGACAAGUGCGCAGGCUGGGGAGCGGAGCAUGGAGCACUGGAUCCAGCCAUCAUCGCGCAGCAGCAGAUCAGGGACCAGAUCACCACGGCGGUGCAAAACCGGCUGCUGGCCAUCAACAUGGCGGUGGCGGUGGAGGACCCCAACAAGGCCCCUCAGCGUCCCAAGACCAAGCGCCGAAAGCCGCAGACGGCGAGGGACAGGGCAGCCCAGCUGGGACACGACUUGCGCAAGCUACAUCCGCGAUGGUGGUGUGCAACGUGUCGCAGUGGCCCAGCCAAAGGACAAAGCAUCAGAGACUGGCUGGCAGGGGCGGGAGAAUGCCUCGGGAGGUACGGCGGCCACCAGGACCAGCACGGCAACGUCAGGCUCGACUUCAAGGCGGUGCAGAUCGGCAUGCAGGUGGUGCACGUCUCCCACAAGACGCAGUUCACCCAUGGCUGGCUCUGGUGCGAGAAAUGUGGCGGCACCAGCUACCUUGGGGACCACAAGAGCAGGAUCGUGGCAGGAGUGGCAAGGAAGCUGGCAAGAUCACCAUGCCUGGAUUUCAAGCUCGGCCUGAGUAACCACGAGGCGAUCGACCUGGACGGGGGCAGCUCAGAGGCAGGGGGCCCGCAGCCAGCUCCACAGCAGCCACCCAGCCAUCCGCACUCUGUCGUCCACGCCAGCUGGAGGCUCGUGGACCACAUGGAGGGCUACGCGGAGCAGUGGAUGAACAUGGUCGACCAAGAGGUCUGGGACGACAUGGACGACUGGAUGGAGCACUGCGUACCGUACCUCCUGGCCAUCACCAAUGUGGGUGGCGGAACGGACACGCAAGAGCAGACCAGGGCCGUCACCGUGCAGGAGCUUCAGCAGAUCAAGGACUUCUGCGAAGAAGUCUGGCGCAACACGCACCGCACGCGACGGAGGCUCAUGACCAGGAUGCUCACCCUCCCGUACGGUACAAGGCAGCAGGCAGCAAGAGUGCACAUGGACGCCUUCCAGAACAGAAGGAACUACAUCCUAGCGCACAGCAUCCCCAGCAGCGAGCGCAGGCCGCUGCCGAGAACAGCGGAGGCCAGCCGAGCGUGGUCACCAGAGAACCUGGACGAUGAUGACUCGACCCCAGACAGUGAAGCCCCAGAGCUGGAGGGUGAGCCGAGCAACCAGGAGAUGGAGACCAUGGCAGGACCUGAUCAGAGGCACGACGCCAACAGCCUGAUGCAGACGGCUGUGCAGGUGGCAGUAACGCUGACCAAGCCAGUGGGGCCCGACCUGAUGAAGUUCGUGAGCGAAGCCGAUGAGGCCGGCCUGCUCCACCCAAGGCUUCGACACAACAAAGGAGAAGCUGACCAGGACCCCGAGCAGGAGGUGGCGUGGCUCGAGAGGAACAGGCUCGAGCAGCUCAUGCAGUCGCUGGCAGGCUGCUGGAGCCAGAAAGAGGGCGAACAGGGCUGGCCAUCGUGGCAGGCUGCGUGCGUGCCCCAUGUGCUGAGGGCGCUGCAGACUGGCGUCUACCAGAGGCUGUUCAGCAACGUGUCAGGGCCGAGCCGCCAGCGCAGCCAGCGCCGAGCGGCGGAGGAGAUCUGCCGCCUGGCAUGGCUCAACAGCGGAGAGGCGCGCAGGCAGAUCCAGCAGCAGGACCCGAAGGAGACAGAGCGGCGCAGAGCAAUGGCUGAGCAGUUCCUGGACGUGACUGAGCCAGUG